CAUCCGGGGAUCGACGUUGAAUGCCGGCACGCACGUGGCUACACCGGCGGUCGACGAAGAGAGCUAUUACUCAGGGUCCUAAGUAUGAAGCCAGGCAUACAGUAUAUAUUCACCGUCUUCACCGCCUUCACCGUUAGAGUCCUCAACGACGAUAACUCUGGGCCUGGAUUCUAUGACUCUGUAUCUCUGUGACGCCGUCUCCUUCUCAUUGCUACAUUUAUAAACCCUGCAGUGUUAUUCAAAUCCUCAACUGCCGCGAUGUCCAAUUUACCGGAAACACAAGCAAACCCCUUAACGGAUUUUGUGGGCUCUGAAGGCGUGGAGCUCACAAAGGAUGGAAAUGUGUCGAGGAUGCGAUCGCACAAGGGCAACACGCCCUCUCUGCCGCAGAACAAAUUCUGCCCGAUGUGUCCAGCCAAGUUCACUCGGACGACCCACCUGAAUCGGCAUCUUCGAACUCACAGCAAUGAACGCAUGCAUGAAUGCGAUAAAUGUCAUGCACAGUUUACUCGAAGUGACCUUCUUUCGAGGCACAAGAAAAAUUGUGGCGACUCGCCAGAUUCACAUCGUUCGCGACGAAAGUCGUGUCAAGCGUGUGCCGACUCGAAGAUCAAAUGCGACCAACAGCGGCCAUGCUCGAAAUGCAAAACUAGGGGUCGUGAAUGUGUCUACCGGACAACGCCCAAUUCCAAGUCUACGAAUGGACGAUCGACUCGCAAUGCUUUAGACCGCAAGGAAAGUGGAGACUCUAGUUCCCAGUCACCUCCUCUCAGCACCCCCGAGAGUGGUGGUCCUAUUGCGAGCUCAAGUACACCAACCAUAGUAACUUCUCCUGUCUCCAACUUUCCUCUUUCUGGACAACCCAUUAAUAUUUCGUUUGAUGCAAAGUCUCAAUCGCAAUCUUCCGCAUACCUUCCGCCUCUCACAGAAGAUUUAUCUAAUGUUUCAUCUUAUGCCACUUCAUCCGCCGCCUCCAACUAUUCUACCGAAGUCGAGACCCCUCAUGUCUCCUUCGCACAAGAGGCCUUCGAAGUUCAAAACCAACUGAAUGCGCUCUUCUCGAAUGAGAUGUUUGACAAGUUCUUCAAUAACGCAAUGGCGCCUGAGCUUGGCAGCGGGUCCGGAGUUGUUCACAACACAUCGAAUGCGAGAGGGGAAGAGUCUUUCAACCUUCAGGUUCAGGAUACUGAGUUCCCUUGGUCGACAAAUGCAGAAGAGUCCCAACCAUUCAUGGCUUCCAUUGAUCCUUACGAUUUCGAAGCAUUUAUGGCUCUACAGUCUGGCGGGUUGGACGCUUCGCCACCUGCUGGCACAGCGAAUAUGGGACCCUCGUUGGACGGUCCUGCAGGAACAUUAAAAACGAACGCGCCUCAUCCUGCCGAAUUGCAGUACUAUCUCCAUAUGUUUUACACAAAGUUCCUCGAGCAAAUGCCUAUCCUGCAUGUCCCAACAUUCAACCCAGAAGUCAAAACUCCUAUCCUUGUCUCAGCUAUGCAGGCAUGCGGCGCGUUGUAUGUCAAGACGCCGUCCGCCUUCAACUUCAUUACAUCUACUUUGGCGUCGGCAAGAGAUGAGAUAGUCGCAGCUUUUUCCAGGAGACCGACGAUCGAGGAUGAACAAAUUCAGUUGGUUAUGGCUGUCUGUCUCCUCCAAACCAUCGGACUCUUCCAUCAGAGACCUGAGCAACGGGCUCAGUCGAAUAUGUACCAUGCUAUGCUUGUCAUGAUGAUACGCCAGAGUGGGUUGUUGGAGAAGAACUUUAGCUGGGAACCAUUGCCUCUCACUGAUCAGGCAUCGAGCGAGGCAGCCUGGCGCAAUUGGGUGUGCUACGAGACCGCAAAACGGGCAUUAUCAUUGACCUUCCUCCACGAUUGUUGCCACUGUAUUUACUUCACUCUCCGACCUACUUUCUUCCCUUCCGAGUUUAAUCUUCGUUUGCCCUGCGAAGACUCCCUCUGGAAAGCUACCUCGUACGAAGAGUGGCAUAUCGCGCUUCUGAAACCUUCUCCGUAUGGGACAGCCCGAGAUCGUCUUCGGGGUGCCCUGCCCAUUCAAAAUGCACUCUCGACUUUGGCAGAGAUGCCUCCGACGCCUCGACCUGCCUUGAUUCUAAACCCCUUCUCACAAUUCAUCAUCAUUCAUGCUAUUCUUCGAAAAUUAUUCGAGGAUUGUCUUGAUAAGCAACCUAUCGUGGAACGUUCGCCGAGCGACGAUAUGACGAAUAUCAACCCCACCAUCCAAUUCAUGCUCCACAAUUGGCUGCAAAGUUGGUUCCAAUCUCCCGAAACACCACGACCCUCUAAACUCGCCGAGCCCCCGUUCUUCCACGAUGCCCUUCCGUUCUAUUGGAUUGCCCAGGUGCUGCUCUUAGCCUAUCAAGAAGGCUUGCCACCUUUCGUGUCGGAUACGGCAGGGUUCAACACGACGAGCGAGGCGAAGUUUAGUUUGAUGAAGGAGUGGUUCAAGCAUAUCAGAGGAUUCUUGAGGAGUGGGGAACAGGGUCCGACGUUGUUCUGGGACGAGCUGAUGAAGAUUCGGAUGCAGAGUUGGCAGACUGCUUCGGCCAAUGGGAAUCCUGCGGGUGAUGGAGACGGGCUGCUCGGCUUUUUCUUGAAGCAGUAGGCGAUUUUUCAUCUUUUAUCAUUAUUCGUGGCGUUCUUUUUUGUUUUGUUUUUGCUGUCGUUGGUUCUCGCUAUCGUCAACUGAAUGGUGUAUUAUAAGGAAUUCCUCGUGUAAUCAAUACCUUCGUCCCUGCAAUCAGACGUUGUUGCCCUGUAAAAUGCCAGUCAGCCGCGGAACCAGAGGCACGAUGAUAGGCGCUUCGUUAAACGGUUGCGGGCCACAGCCUUGAGUUUUCGAAUAAAAGGACCCUUUCAGUCACAGCUUCGCUCCUUCAUCCUAACAGUUAUCCUCCCGUGGCGCAAGACCUAUAUUCGACUUCUCGGCCAAGACGAUGAAGCAUCUCCGUCAGCUAUUCCAUAUUCAUGAUCGAUUCUCUGCGCAACCCCAACCUCCCUGUGAUGGUCUUCCACACGAACUUGUUGCAGAAGUGAUAAAGUAUCUCUGUGCGCCACUCGACUCAGAGCUGAUGAUGCCCGCUUUCCUCUAUGAGGGCGAACGAGAAGAGAGCAUGGACGCGUACGAUUUCACUAGGACAUCCAACAAGAUUGCUAGACGCCUUCUUGCAAGUGUGGAAGAUAUGCGAACUGCUCAGGCAUCUUUAUGUAGCGCAGCCUUGGUUUGCAGAUUGUGGAGCAAUGUAGUCGCCGAACACCUUUACUUACACUCCGUUGUAAUGUCUACGGUGUCUUGCGAUAAACUUCGUCACACCCUC